AUGUCCCCACCGACAAUGUCCCCGCUGGAGCAGGUGGCCUCGCUCCCGCUCGGCCACGACUGCCCCAGCGUCUCCCAAAUCAAAGAAAUCCACAUCUACGAUUUCGACCAGACCCUUUACGCCUCCCCGCUGCCCAAUGCCGCCCUAUACACCCCAGGAACACUCAACCACCUGCGAUUCCCCAAUACCCUCGCCAAUGGCGGCUGGUUCGAGUGUCCAGACCUCCUCGAGUACUCCAUCAUCGCCCCAAAUAGACCGCGCGAAUCAAAAUGGAACAUGAAAGUGUGCGCUCUCGCCGCCAUGUCGCUAGCUGACGAGCAUGUGCUCGCCAUCGUUCUCACAGGAAGGCGCGAAGACACCUUUUCGGGCGUUUUCAAGCUCGCAAUGGACCAUUUCAUGCGCGAUAUCGGCCCAAAACGCCCGUUCGAUGCUGUAUGCUUGAAAAAACCACACCUCGGAACCACCACCCUGCAGUCCAAACUCUCAGUAAUCAAGACUUUGCUCGACCACUACUCCCAGGCGACCCAAGUACGGGUGUAUGAGGACCGUGAGAGCCAGGCGCGUGGCUUCAAGCGCUUUUUCAAAGAGUACAUCGAGUCCAAUUCGGACUUCAGGCCGCAACUGUGCGCAGACGUCGUCAUGGUAUCGUGCGACCCGUACUACCUCGACCCCGAAGUAGAACUCGAGCUCGUCAUGCGCAUGGUCCAGCAGAGCAACGAAACUGUCGACAGGACCCGUUCGGGACAAAAAUACACCCUCUCAAAGUCGCUCCAGUACUCUGGGUUCAAAGUGGACGCCUGCACGCUCAAGCUCAUACAGCACGAGGCACUCAAACAGCUUAAGAAGAAAAACAUCCCACAGGAUGUAAUCGAGAGCUUGAACUGGCGCAGGUCGCCCGUGAUUCCGCUAGACUCGGAAAACCCGCAAAGAAUGGUCAGUUCGAGUAGACUAUAUGGAUUCUUGAACGCCUUUCGAGCUCCAGACGAGGGUGAAUCAGAAUUCAUGAAGAAGGCAAGAGAUAUCAAGAAGGGACUACGCUAUGAGCCAUACAAGUGGAAUCUGGCCGAUUUCUUCUACGAAAGUACCCAGGGAUACCUCGGGUUCAUCCUCACAGACUACAAAGGACCAGUACAACUAGGUCAGGGCGUCUCAGUAAUGGAAGACUACGCCAUUCUGCUAGCGGGUCCCGGAACACAGGACUUCCUCACUGACGACCAACUGGACAAAAUCCUCGGCAUGAAAACUUGUGUAAGCAUAGACUGCGAAAGCACUUGUUUCCAGUUCAACUCCUACCUCGGAGUUUAUUUCAUCUACAGGCUAAAGAACUUGUGA